UAUCGAUAGCUUAAAGUUAAAAUGGGACUUUAACAUCAAGUGUUUGUUCUUGUAUAUAUAUUAAACGAGAUUUAGGUUAAUUCCUCAAAAAUCACAAAUCAUUUUAUUAUAUUUUAUGUUUAUUGUGUAUUUUGUGACACAGAAUCAUAAAAAAAACGUACAGGAGGUGGCUGUUAAUUGGAUUUUCUUCUCCUUUAUACUUGUGCAUGUAUACAGUUAUAUAUUAAACGGACUUUCCUGUAUUUUUGACGCAUGAGCUUGGGAGAUUACUAUUUCAGCGCCACUCAAGAUGUUCAUAAAGAGCAUUUUGUUUUGGAAAUCGUUGUAAUAUGACAAUGACAUUGUUGAGGAUUUAAGACGUAUUUGUUUCGUAUUUUUCAGUGGAAAUACUGGAACUGUUCACAAAUAACUGUCUGUAAAUAUCAUAGGUACUGGAAUAUGAUUUUGCUCGGGUACCUCCUAUGCACGUUAUACUCAAGCGUAAAAGGCGACGCCGCUGUCAACAACUCAUUCGGAUACCCUCUGUGCCAGGGAUUGUCGUAUCACUUUGAGGGAUACAGUUACAUACAUGUGCCGUACACCCACGAACGGUUGUGGACACAGUGCAGUUUUCCCAACCCUCUAGUUGAUCAUAAAUUAUGUGGACGGCCCAAAAUUAAUGGAAGACACUUCUUGUGUGAUCCAGACAAGCUGAUAGACUCAGAUAACACAGGUAUGUUCCUAGAUGGACAACUUAGAGAGCUACAAAGGAAAACAUCUACGCUGUGUGUGAAUACCAAUGGUGAAUCGGAGAGUUUUAUCGUGGCGGUUGCAGUCAUUGACAAGAUACUUAUACCCGACCUCCAGAGCCCAGAUUUAUGUAGCAAUGAAUGCGGUAGGCUAGAGCCAUACUUAGAUCUAGAGCUAAGGUAUCCGUCAAACACAGAACAGGAAGAAAUUAUGAGAAAUUUUGCAGACAACUUACGCCUGAUAUGGUCCCUUGGGUCGUGCUAUAAUGACGUCAUCAUUCUGUACUGUAGGGAAUUCAACAAGGUGCAUGUGUCAGCAGGCCUGAAAGCAUCCUACUACCUAACAAAAGAUGUAGUGACAGACCUACAAGACACCUUCAUCUACUAUGUCAAUGCCGAGGGAUUUACAAACGGGCUUAGACAAGGGCUACUACAUAUGAUAGAUUCAUUGAGAGUUACACUGAGAGGAUUCACACCCGCACAUGCAAUAAUACUAGUGCAUGUUUCCACACUGUUAGUGGUUGGGACACUUCUGUUCCUUUAUCUCUUCGUUCGUAAGACUGACUCAAAUGUAUGGGGAUACACAUAUCCAUGGGCCAUCUCUGAUUUGUUCCUAGAGUUCAUUAGCGGUAUCUUAUUUAUCAGAGGUAUCAUACUGGCAAUGGCCUAUAUUUCACAAUCGAAAGGUCAAGGACUCCUAUGGGCACUCGGGGCUGCAUCUGUGGGAGUCUUCACUUGUUUUCUUUUGUUUUUGAUAAGUCUAUAAACAGCUGACUUUUGGUUCUUGAUGUUUGAUAAAGUACUACUGAACAUGCUGAAUUAACUUUCAUUGCUUACAUAGGUGUUAGAUCUACUUUUGAUAUGCAAGCAUUAUCUCCGAGUAUGAUUUUAUUUCAAACAUGACUGCAUGGUAUAAGAUUUACUUAUCACCUGAGCAGAUAUGCAUUCACUUGAUAUGGCUCAAUCAAUUACCUGGCAUAAUUAUAUCUAAACUUUAUCUUCAAAGAGGAAGUAACUAAAACUCAGAAUAAUCAUGUCAGAUAUUAUCAUAUUUACCAAUAGCAAAUACAUGUAAAUAUAUAUUUAUAUUGAUCUGCUCUAUUAUGUGCAGUAUACGUUUGGUUUUCUUAUUAUUAUAUAUCUUACUACAACAUAGUAACAAAACUGCUUUAAAUUUGGACAGAAUCAAAUAACCCAUGCCGAUAACCUGAAGAGGGUGCCUGUGGAAGUGUUACGUCAUUUCUCACGUCAUUUUACUCAGUGUUAUUCUGUUAACAGCUAUAUUUUAUACAUUAAAUUUGGUUUAUUUAAA